AUGUCUUACAAUUCCACGCUUGAUAGCUUCUGUGGAUCUGAAUUUUGGAAUAGCAAUCUCACAUGGUAUACCGACAGCCCAGAGCUAACGCCAUGCUUCCAAAAAACAGUGCUCGUAUGGACGCCGUGUUUGUACUUAUGGGUCGCGGCGUUCCUUGACACCUACUACAUACUGAACAGUAAAGAAAGAAAUAUACCAUGGAACAUAUUGAACAUCAGCAAACUGUUCAUAACUUGCCUUCUGAUAGUGUUAAAAUUUGUGGAUCUGGGAGUAACAGUGCACACCUCAUCACAAGAGGACAUGGCAGUAUUUAGUGCAGAUUAUUAUAGUCCCAUUAUUAAGAUUUUAACAUUUGGUUUAUCAGCUACGUUAUUAUACUACAACCGAAAGUAUGGUAUGCGAGCGUCUGGAGUGCUGUUCUUCUUCUGGUUACUUCUUAUUCUGGCUGGACUGCCUCAGCUGCAGUCCCAGAUCAAAGCACACGCCAAUAUCCCCGAUGAUGAAAACGUUAAAUAUAACUUCAAUCAAUGUCCGGAGAACGCUUCGGGAUUCCCUAGUCGACUGACAUUCAGCUGGUUUGACCCACUCGCCUUAACUGGGUUCCGUAGAAGUUUGACAGAGGAAGAUUUGUGGGCUCUGAACCCUCAAGACUCUUCUACUGAAGUCGUUCCAAAGUUCGACAAAUUUUGGGAGAAGUCUUUGAGGAAACGAGAGAUUUCCAACGCAACUAAGGCAUCGUAUCGUAAGACAUCAGCUAGCGUCAACUUCAAGCCUGAGAGUGAGAAGAAGCCAGCCUCUAUCCUGCCGGCGCUAUGCCUUGCCUUCGGGGGCCAGUUCUUGUUCGGAGCUAUGCUGAAACUGUUCAAUGACGUCCUCAUGUUUAUAUCGCCACAGUUACUCAAACUUCUUAUAGGAUUCGUGCAAGGUAAAGAGCCAAUAUGGAAAGGUUACGUUUACGCAGUUGCGCUUCUUGCCUGUGCCACGGUGCAGACCAUGCUUCUGGCUCACUACUUCACGAGGAUGUACCUUGUGGGCAUGCGGAUACGGACUGCCCUAACUAGUGCCAUCUACAGGAAGUCACUCCGAAUGUCCAACGCAGCUAGGAAAGAGUCGACAGUCGGAGAGAUUGUUAACCUGAUGUCGGUAGACGCUCAAAGAUUCGUUGAACUGACUGCAUAUUUGAAUAUGAUAUGGUCUGCGCCGUUGCAAAUCGCUCUUGCCCUAUACUUUUUGUGGGGGAUCCUGGGACCCUCCGUACUGGCGGGUUUGGCGGUGAUGAUUAUUCUUAUACCAGUCAAUGGCCUCAUCGCCAACAGAGUCAAGACACUUCAAAUAAGGCUCAUGAAAUACAAAGACGAAAGAGUCAAACUUAUGAACGAAGUACUUAAUGGAAUUAAGGUUCUUAAAAUGUAUGCCUGGGAACCUAGUUUCGAAGAUCAAAUACUUAAAAUAAGAAACAAAGAAAUGAAUGUAUUGAAACAGACUGCUUAUCUUAAUUCAGCUACCUCAUUUAUAUGGUCUUGCGCACCGUUCCUGGUGACCUUCCUAACCUUCUUCACAUUUCUGAUUACUGAUCCCGAGAACAAUAUCCUGACAGCUGAAAAUAUAUUCGUGUCGAUGUCUCUGUUUUACACAAUGCACUUGCCCCUAGGUUUACUACCACUCAUCGUGGUAUCGGCGAUCGAGGUGUCGCUGAUGUCGUUCGGGUGCUUUGUAUUGGUAAACGAUACUGAAGUGCUGGACUCUAAGAGAGCUUUCGUAGCGUUGUCUCUUUUCAACAUUCUGCGUUUCCCACUGUCAAUGCUGCCUAACGUUAUAUCGAAUGUUGUACAAACAUCCGUCGGUAUUAAGAGAUUGAAUAAAUUCAUGAACUGUGACGAACUAGACAUCACGUCCGUGGAACAUGAUCCCAAAGACCCGAACCCCAUCUCCAUUGAGAAUGGUCACUUUACGUGGGGAGACCACGAUUCGGAGCCGUCUCUCAAGAACAUCAAUCUGCACGUACCACGAGGCUCUCUUGUCGCCAUCGUGGGCGCUGUCGGCUCUGGAAAGAGCUCUUUGCUCUCUGCAUUGUUGGGUGAAAUGAAUAAGAUUUCUGGACGAGUUAACACGACCGGCAGCAUAGCUUACGUGCCGCAACAAGCGUGGAUCCAAAACGCAACGCUUCAGGACAACAUACUGUUCGGCAAGCCCCUCGACAAACAUAAGUACAACAAUGUCAUCGACAUGUGUGCUCUCAAACCUGACUUCGAAGUCCUGCCUGGUGGAGACCAAACUGAAAUUGGAGAGAAAGGUAUAAACUUGUCUGGAGGCCAGAAGCAGCGCGUGUCUCUGGCGCGCGCGGUGUACUGCGACGCGGACAACUACUUCCUCGACGACCCGCUCAGCGCCGUCGACUCACACGUCGGCAAGCACAUCUUCGACAAGGUACUGGGUCCCAGCGGACUGCUGAAGAACAAGACGCGUGUGUGGGUGACCCACAACGUGUCAUACCUGGCACAAACGGACCUGGUGGUGGUACUGCGUGACGGAGAGGUCUCGGAGGCCGGCUCCUACCAGCAACUACUCGAAAAGAAGGGCGCCUUUGCAGAGUUCUUGCUACAUCAUCUGAGCGAUGCUGAGAGGACCUCACCGGAAGAAUUGGACGAGAUCAAACAGGACCUUGAGAGUAAGCUUGGCACCGAGUUCCAGAGCAAGUUGCAGAGAGCUCGUUCACUAUCCGAGAGUGCAUCUGAAUCUGAACAGGGGGCAGGAGACCGAGCAGGCAGCGUAAAGAGAAAGACUCCAGAAACAGCGACUCCGAAUGAAUUGAAAGAGAAGAACAAACUUAUUGAGGCUGAGAAAGCAGAAACUGGCAGUGUGAAAUGGGGCGUGUACAAGCACUACUUGAUGAGUGUCGGAGUAUUGUCGUCCGUAAUCACUGUGCUCAUGAAUCUCAUUCUACAAGUAUUCCAAGUCGGCUCCAACUACUGGCUCACUGAAUGGGCUAAUGAUGAUAAAAUGCUGGUGAACGGCACAGUCGACACCAAGCGACGUGACAUGUACCUCGGAGUGUACGGCGGCCUCGGCAUUGGACAAGCAUUAGGAUCAAUUUUUGCCGAUUUAAUGCCAUACCUGGCGUGUUGGCGCGCGGCGAGGUUGCUCCACGAACUCUUGUUGGACCACGUCUUAAAAGCACCACUAAAUUUCUUCGAAGUGACACCCGUUGGCAGGAUACUUGCUAGAUUUUCUAAAGACAUGGACAUUUUGGACACGUCUCUUCCCUCGCAGAUCUCCGACUUGAUGUGGUGCAUUUUUGAGGUUCUGGGUACGCUGUUCGUGAUUAGUUUCUCGACACCGAUAUUCAUGGCUGUGAUACUGCCCAUCGGAUUCAUUUACUACGUGAUCCAGAGGUUCUAUGUGGCUACGUCACGACAGCUGAAACGACUUGAGUCCGUAUCUAGAUCUCCUAUCUACUCCCACUUCGGCGAGAGUAUCACCGGCGCUAGUACUAUUCGAGCCUAUGGUGUCUCCGAAAGAUUUGUUGAAGAGUCGGAGCGCGGUGUAGAUCACAACCAGUCGUGCUACUAUCCAAGCUGCAUCGCCAACAGGUGGCUUGCAGUCAGACUCGAAAUGAUUGGCAAUCUCAUCAUAUUCUUCUCGGCAAUGUUUGCUGUACUCAACAGAGAUACAAUUAGUGCUGGUCUUGUGGGACUUUCUGUUAGCUACGCGUUACAGAUUACACAAACUUUGAAUUGGUUGGUUCGCAUGACAUCAGAAGUUGAAACCAACAUUGUAGCCGUAGAAAGGAUUAAGGAAUAUGCUGAAACAGAACAGUGGCCGGCGACGGGCGCGCUGCAGCUGGAGCGGCUGACGCUGGCGUACCGCGCCGGCGCCGAGCCCGCGCUGCGCGACGUCACGUGCGCCGUGGCGCCGCGCGACAAGCUGGGCAUCGUGGGCCGCACCGGCGCCGGCAAGUCCACGCUCACGCUGGGGCUCUUCCGCAUCGUGGAGGCCGUGGGGGGGCGCAUCCUCAUCGACGGCCUCGACAUCGCCGCCAUGGGCCUGCACCAGCUGCGCUCGCGCAUCACCAUCAUCCCGCAGGACCCCGUGCUCUUCUCCGGCACGCUGCGCAUGAACCUCGACCCCUUCGAGGCCUUCUCGGACGAGGACAUCUGGCGCGCGCUGGAGUACGCGCAUCUGAAGCCGUUCGUGCAGGGGCUCCCGGCGGGGCUGCGCCACGAGGUGGCGGAGGGCGGCGAGAACCUGUCGGUGGGGCAGCGCCAGCUGGUCUGCCUGGCGCGCGCCCUGCUGCGCAAGACUCCACUGCUGGUACUGGACGAGGCCACGGCCGCCGUGGACCUGGAGACGGACGAGCUCAUCCAGAAGACCAUCCGCUCCGAGUUCGCGUCGUGCACGGUGCUCACCAUCGCGCAUCGCCUCAACACCAUCAUGGACUCCACCAAGGUCAUGGUCCUCGACAAGGGACAACUCGUCGAAUAUGCGCCACCUGAACAACUGUUACAAGAUAAGAACUCUAUAUUCUAUAGUAUGGCCAAGGAUGCUGGCCUAGUAAAUUAAUUUAAUGUACUCAAAAUUCACUAAGUUAUGGGUUCCUAAUAGUGAAUUGUGAGUAUUGAGACUCAGCUCCUCGUGAUAGACGAUAUCGACACAGAUUCUGUUCAAUGUUUUAGUGUAAUGCAUAGAAAGUACUAUCUUUUACAAUUACAUCUACUAUUAGUUGCGUUACUAAUGUUACCACGCCAUCAAACUGUUUAGUGGCUCGGCACUGGGUCAGUAUUGUCUAUUACUUGUGUGUAACCUGUGCUCAACUCAAUUCUUGCUGCCACUAAGUAUAUGGACAACCGUCGAUGUUAUGGGUAGAAAGUUAAUGCAUUUUAUACCUCUCCAUUAUUAAGUUUAAGCAAAUAGUAAAAUAAUAAAAUUAAAGCAUUUACAACUCAUCACAGUUACAAAUAAAUUGAUAAGAGCUAUAAAAAUAUCGAAAUAAUAGUACUUAAGCAUAUGACAGGGUGAGAUUUUUAUGAGUUUCUGCUAUAGUAGCUAGUGGUAUGUAAUUAUUAAGAUAAGCUCAAAUUAUUCCUCAUUUAAUAAAUCAAAGGGUGAUUACGAUUUGUGAAUGUAUUAUAUAUUGUAACUCGUACACACAGACCGAGAGUUCAAAUACCGUACAUAAAAAUAUAUAGUGUAUUCCGAAUCGGAUCUAACCUAUUCCUCUGAAUGUGUUCAAUCAUUAACACUACAUUAUGUUACAUUUUAUACCACGAGUUGUCUAAAUUCAGUGUGUCAACAAAAUGACAAUAUUACUAAUGUCCUUAAGAAGGAAUUUCUAUUUGAAGUAAGUCUGCUUGGCCGCAAUAUUUAAAUUCCAACAUCUUGCUUAAGAAAUGUUUUAGUAUUAAUUUCUAUCUCAUUUUCAAAUUCUAACUUAGAUUUAAAGAAUCAAUCCACAUUAAUUAUUAGGAAUACUCUUGUUUUAAAUAUUCAAAUUGAUCACUUUUCAACUUAAUUUUGAUACUUAAUUUUUUUAUUUUAUUUUUAGAAAAUUAAGCUUAAGUAUUUAAUUAUAAAAUUUAAGACGAAUAAUUUACAAAAAAAAUACUUUACAAGUUACCAGGCAACAUACUUUUUUUUAGUAUUCUUGUUUAGUGUUUUUAUGGACAAGUUCAAAAUUAUAUCUAAUAUCUGUUCAACAUCCAUAUACAUACAUAAUAAAUAUUGAGUUUGUGAAAUUAUUCACGAAUCUAAAACGGGGAAAAGUCAUUACUUUUGUUUCAAAACAAAGAAUAUGAUCUAUUUAGUUCUUAUCAAUCUGUAAAAACUGUAGAACAACUGAAUACAUUUUCAUGGUCCCUUAUUUAUUGAAUUUGUCUCUGACCCCACAAUGGAAAAAUAAAUUGAACUUUGUUUUUUAACUGUCAAUGAUUUUAUAUCUUAUUAGAUAUGUUAGCAUACAAUAUAAUGAAUACGUAAGUUUGUUUUAACAAAUGAAUGGUUUCCAUACAUUUUUGCGUUGUAAUAAACCUCGUAUCGAAACACGAGAUUAUGUAGUUGGUUGUCGCCACCCAUACCCACACCGCCACCAAAGGCACCAAAAUCAAAUCGAAAACAUGAUGAUGGAGACAACUGUGUGACUAAGCUGUCCACACUGUCCUCGUUUUUUAACUUGUUACUAAACUGCGUUGAUGUGCUUAAAUAAAAUAAUAUGUACCUACUUAUUGUUAAAGUUUUUAAACAUUUUACUGUGAUUGUGACAAAUCAUUAAAAUUUUUGCCUAUAAAAACUUGGAUACAUCACUUAAAUAAUGAUAAUAAUGAGAUAAUGUUUUGUUAAUUUUUUUAUUAUUUGAAAGAAAUUCAAUUUUAUUCUUAUUGACAUAAAAAUGCACGAUUUUAUUUUAUGAUUUAUGAUUAUAAAUAAACACUUAUUGUUCAUCUGUGAAUAUACUGUGUACAUAAUUUACCAUGUACAAUUGUGUACAAUUUGUAAAAAGUUGCCCAGUUUCAAGAAGGCAGAUUCUAGCAUAAUUAGGUUAGUCUUCACUUUUGUGCCUAUUGAGUAAUUUAAGAGAAAAUUUGUUUCAAUGUGUAAUUAAUUAAAAUGUUUUACCAUGAUAGACUA